AGAGUCAAAUUCACAGCACUCCGCAUCAGCACUUUGUGCUGUGCAGACCCUGAUCUGGGAGGGUGUGGGCCCUGGAAUAACCAGGGGAGGGGGGAUCAAGAACCUGCCGAGUCUCCUGCAAAACCACCCAAACAAGGAACGCCAGAGACCCCGGCCCUUGCUCUUGCUCCUGGAGGCUCCGUGGAGUGGUCUGUGUAUGUGUAUCUGAGGCUAAGAAAAUCCCUUGCACAGCAUGCCUCUUGCAGGAACCCCGGCUCCCAACAAGAAGAGAAAGCCUACUAAGCUUAUUUUAGAAUUAACCCAAGAAGUCAUGCCACAAGAAGGGUCCAAGCUGAACCUGGGGAAGAAGAUCAGCAUCCCCAAGGAUGUGAUGCUAGAAGAGCUCUCCCUCCUCACCAACAAGGGAUCCAAGAUGUUCAAACUUCGCCAGAUGAGGGUGGAGAAAUUCAUAUAUGAAAAUAACCCAGAUGCCUUCAUUGACAAUUCUGUGGAUAAUUUUCAGAGGUUCAUCCCAUCUGUCGGGGGACAUUAUGGAGUUGAUGCUCACAGUUACUCCCACAGUGGUGGGAGGAUGGUGAGCGGCGUAACUGUAGGGCCGUAUGGAUCCAGUAAACUGCAGUUCCCUCCCAUCCCUCCUCCAAAACCGGGGAGCAAAGGUGGAGCUGGAGGAACGGGAGCUGGAGGAACGGGAGCUGGAGGAACUGGAGCCGGGCACCCUGAUGGCACUGCAGGCACAGGGGGAGGAAUAGAUGGCGGAGGAAGUCAGAGCACUGGCGGAAAAGAUGACAAUAAGGCUGGGAGUGGGAAACACAUCACCAUUUUCAAGACCUAUAUCUCUCCAUGGGAAAGAGCGCUUGGCCUCACCCCUCAAGAGAAAAGUCAAUUCAUUAUUGACCUCUUGUCUUAUGGCACCAAAGGAGAUCUCUGCCAUUACAAAUCUUUUAACAGGACUGCAGUUCCUUAUGGGGGAUACGAGAAGGCAGCCAAGCUGAUGACCUUCCAAAUGCCUGAGUUUGAUGCUGGCCCCUUGGUGCCCGAGCCUGUCAUUGUGUAUAAUCAAGAAGUCUCCAACAGACCUUCUUUCAACAGAACCCCAGUCCCUUGGCUGGCGUCAGGAGAACCUGCAGAAUACAGCAUUGAGGUGAACGUGCCGCUGGCAGGUGAAACAGAAGAGUUAUAAGACCUCCCCCUCGACACCUUUCUACCUAAUCUGCUCACUUACAAGUCUGUGACAAGGAAUUGACAUAUACACUUCCCGGUCCUGAGAUUCCUCCUCAUCUUUGCCCUUAGAACAGCUGAGUUCCCAGUAGGUUCUAACAUAACUUUGCUGUGGUAUUUAUCUGUAUCAGAGGUAGACGAAGGAGAGUGCUAGUGUGAGAAGGAAGGAAAGAAUGAGUGAAUGAAUGAAUGCAAGAGAAAUGCCAUCUAUAUUUGCCCACCAAGACAAAAAGACAGUUUUAGGGUGUCCAAAGAUACUAAACGCUGCCUGCCUGCUCUGUAUCGAUCUUCUUCUGUCAUUCAGCAAAAAACAAAUAAAGCAUCUAGAAAGUAAAA